GGAUUAAGCGGGCAAUUCAGUGGAAUAAAAUUCAGAGGGCAUUUUGAACGUCUGCGCAUUUCUGUCGACAAUUAAAAGUUUCGAAAUUCGAUUGAACCCCAACAUAAGUUUUGGACAAUUCCGAUGAAAUUUCCAUGCACCUUGAGCAGCACUCUUCUAUCCAAUAUAUCUUUUUUAACUAUGGUCUAUCUUCACUUUUAUCUGACAUUCCGAUACUUGCCCAACUCAGUUUAACAAAUUCAAUCCUAUUAUUUUUCAUGAUCAACUCUUCAGUAUAUUCUGAAAUGGAUGAUUUUGAUGAUCAUGAAAAUAGAUUUGCUCGGCGCAAAUGGUGUCCAUGGUCUUCAUGGAGUCCAUGCUCUCCAACUAAAUGCUUUAAAGGUUCUGUAAAUAAGAAUCCUGCAUUUUGGUCAAAUCGUGAAGAAUUUCCGGUUGAUGAUGAUGGUACACAAAUUACACGUUGUGUUCUACCGCCAACAAAUAAUACCAGAAAACCUAGUCGAGCAUACGUACAACAAACAAUAAAAGGUCAACAUAAAAUUCUUAUUCCAGAGAAACAACGUUUUCGUACCUGUGAUUGUCAGUCAGUUUCUUUACUGAAUGUAUUCCGUUUGGUUAGUCGACAUGAGUGUUCUCCUGGUGAUACAAUAUUUGAAUGUAGUGAAUGUGAAGCCAAUGAAAAAAUACAUUUAAAUCGUGAAAUUAGUGAUUCCGAUACUAAUCUAAUUCCAUAUUGUUCAUAUGAACAGAAUAGUUUUCAAUUGUAUAAAAUAUUAGGUGGAAUAAUUGGAGCAAUUGGCAUUAUUUGUUUGUUAGUAUGUGUAGUACGUUUUUUAAUUAAACAAAUCUGUGGCAAUCGACGCAUUGUACACGAUCGUAAUCCAUGCGGUGAUGGAGGUGGUGGUGGUGGUAACGGCGCCAGUACAAAUAAUAACAAUAAUGGUAAUUCCAGAUCAAAUCGACUUGGUCGACGAAGAGAUCGUUCAGCCCAGUCGCAAAAUAAUACUAAUAAUACUACUACUACUACUACAAGAGAUGAUGCUACAGAAUAUUUACAUAAUCAUUAUAAUACAAGUGUAUAUCCUGUUGGCAUUGGGAAUUUAGAUUUACCUCCUGCAUAUACUGAUGUUGUAAAAUUGUCUACCAUUGAAACUGGACCUAAUAAUCAUUACAACAACAGCCACAUUGUACCAAUUCCAGAUGCAUUUCCUUUUAGUCUCUUACCAAAUGAACAUCAAAUUACCACCACCAACCCGGCAUUCAUGUCCAAAUCAUCAUCAAAUCAUAUUGGCCAAUUCAAUUGUGCAUUAUAUGACACUGAACAACCGAAUGCUGCUACAUCAAGUCAAACAUCAAAUGUCGACUUGUCGAAUACACCACCACCACCUAGUUAUGAAGAGAUUGUUGCAGCGACAAAUGCACUAAAAUCGUAUGAUACACAUGAAAGUGUUAUUCAUUCAGGGAAUGAAAUUAAUAUUGCUCAAGUUACUCAUCAAACAGACGACAGCACUAUUGCUACUGCUACUACUACUACUACAACUAACAAUCAUCAUCAUAAUAGUAAUCAUACAACUCCAACUAAUAAUGGCAGUAAUUUGAAUACUAAUCGAAUUGACAAUAGUUUCACGUAGAAUUUUUAUUAAAUUAAUAAUUUCUGCUGUCUUGUUUU